AAAAGUUAAGCUUAACUCCUCCCAGACCGCCCUGAAACCGAACUUUGAACGAACCGUAGCGCUACACGAACAACUGAAAGAGUCUCGAGGUAGCAAAACGCGUUAAAAUUGCUGUUCAAAAUGAGACAAAGAACACAUAAAAAGGAAGUGUCGACCUCCGCGCAGAAAACAGCCCAAGUUCAGCGGAAGCACGAAAAUGAGUCUCGGUGGAUGAAGCGUUGUUUAUUUGCACUGUUUGUCAUCCUUCUUUUGGCUCCCUUCACCCUGAUCAUGUCACGGGAAUUAUUCCAACACCUUGUUUACAAGCACAGAAUCAAGGUUCCAUUCUUUGUUGACCUCAACCAACCUGUUGAUUUCUCCCUAAAUCACACCAUCAACAUGUACUUAAAAUCAGAAGAAGGGAUUUCUCUUGGUGUAUGGCACACAGUGCCUGAGAGUCACUGGAGGGAGGCGCAAGGUAAAGACUUGGCAUGGUACCAAAGAACAUUAAGUGAUGGAAAUCCAGUAUUUAUAUAUCUACAUGGGAACACAGGCACACGGUAUGGUAUUCAAUCUAUUUAUGUCCUGGUUAGAAAAUAUGGGAACAUACUCCGUCAACUAGCUCUUUCCCUCGAAAUUAUUAGCAAUUUAUUUCUUACAAAUCAUUUCAACAGGGCAGCGACUCAUCGGGUGGGAGUUGCAAAGGUAUUGAGUGCACUUGGUUACCAUGUGUUGGUGCCUGACUACAGAGGUUUUGGAGACUCAAGUGGUGAGCCAACUGAAGUUGGACUCACAACAGAUGCCCUCCAUGUGUACAACUGGGUCAAAGAACGCAGCGGAAGCAGCCUGGUCGUCUUCUGGGGACAUUCUCUUGGCACUGGAGUGUCCACGAAUACUGCAGUCAAACUUAUAGAACAAGGUAUUGUUUUGGACGGCGUGAUUCUCGAAGGCACCUUUAACAUGCGUAAUGAGAAACUACCAUUUCAUGUGUUUUCAUGGUAUUACUGGAACUUUCCUGGCUGGGGAUAUUUCUUUCCAGAGCCAUGGGCUGAAAAUAAAGUUGUCUUUCCCACUGAGGAAAAUGUAAAAAAAAUGAAAAGCCCUCUACUUUUCCUGCAUGCAGAAGACGAUCCAAUUGUUCUCAUUCAUUCUGCUCAGCAACUGUACAACGUAGCAGUGAGUGCUCAGAAUGCAGAGCGAGUCAAGUUUGUGUCCUUUGAAGGGUCUUUAGGGUAUCUACACAAUGGAUUGUACAAAGACCCCCGUCUGCCAGACAUCAUUAAAAAGUUUGUGUUGACUUUGUGAUGUGGGGAGACGCCUUCAGUGGAUAUUCAGUGAUGGUUGAAAGUAUGAUUUGCUUUUUCUCAAGUGUAGCAUGCCAUUUAUUAUUUUGAUUGUCUUAUAAAUGUGAUCAAUGCAAACACAUUUGGGUAAUUGCUCUAGGACAUGUAAUUAAGGGAUGACAAAGCUCCAGAACGUACCCUGGUAAUUCCUGAAAACGGUCUGGUGCUUAAUUUUGUUUAAAUUAUAGAGAUGUUAUGAAAACUGAUGAAACAUUAAGUAUUGAUAGAUAGUGAUUCAGCAUUAGCUUGCUGGCUGAAGAAUAGAAAAAUAACAUCACCUAGAGGAAGUUCAGCUAGAAACACACUCCACUUUGACUAAACACACUCACUCUUUUCUCUCUCUCUCUCCCCCUCCCUCCCUCCUCGCAAAAAAAGUUACGGAUAUUUGGCUAUUAAAUCUUGUGACGAGCCCAAAAUGCAUUCAAACCUUUACAUGUGAACGUAAUGUGACCUUCUCUCAGCUUUUCAAUCCACAGGUCAAACUGUUUGUUGUUUCAGUUCGUUUGCUCAAGUUGCUGUUCUCUGACGAGGAUCUUCACAGCAAAAUUCAAAGAACAAGCGUUUGAUGUUUGAAGCGACUAAUAAAUGUCCUGGUUCGAUGUAGA